AAGUAUUUUUGAACAACUACAAAGCUACUUAUUCUAAAGAUUUAUGUUACCCUUGUUGUCUUUCUUCUGGCUAAAAGCGGAGUGGAAUCUGGGGAGUAUAAUCACCAGGCUUGUCAUUCCGUUUGGAGAAUGAUGUGAAAUGAAUACACACUGCCUCGUUACUUGAGCUGAAGGCAGACUAUAACUUGCUGUUUCUGUACGAUAGUGAGUAUUGAAUACUCAGGAUUCUGUACAGGCCCUCGAUCCUCGGCGUAGAGUGGAGAGCCGAUCCGGCGCUAAAGCGCGAAGAGAGCGCAUGGUGGAGAGGCCAAGCCUCGUUGUGUGCUGCGGGGUUACCGAGGGAGUCUGGCCUUUGUAUCGGCGGACUGUUCCCCCGUAAACUCGGUUAUGUUGCUUGAAAUAAUCGAUGGAACGGAAGGGGGAGGACUUGUCGUCAUUAAAGACUCUGUGAACUGCCCCGGCCGAUGCCUUCUGAAGAGCUGCGUCAAUGCUGCACUGAGACGGAGUCUGUCCAUGUUCUGGGGUUUGAUGUCUCUGAAGAGGAGCUGCGGGCUGGGCUGGAUGGUGAAGCAGCCAAAAGUCUGGUGUUCCACAACGGAUACACGGACCCCCUCUGCUGGACCGGGAUGGGGACGGGCCAGCUCACGGCACUCCACUUCUCUGCCCAGGAAAUCCGGGCACGAAUCAGCCAGUCCAGGGGGCCCGAGCCGGUGACGCUGGCUGUGGAUUCGCUGUCCUGGGUACUGCGGCACAACCCCACGGCCUCCGUCUGCCAGUCACUGCAGGAGCUGAGGAGAGAUGGGCUGCUGAAACGUAUCCUGGUCCUCCUGCACUCUGACCUUCACCAGCAUGGGAUGGUGGAUAGCGUGUGCCACCUGGCCAGCACAGUCGUCACGGUUGCGCCCUUCUCCGGGUUGGGGGGCGUGGUCGGGGAGACAGCGCCGCAGGGCAUCGCCAUGACGACACAGCGCAUCAAAUCGGGGAAAGUGUUGCAAGAGGAAGAAUGUUUCACUGUAGGACAGGAUCUCUCAGUGCAAGUGUACGGCAGACCCAGCCAGCCAGGCCUGACAGAACCAGAGCCAGAGGAUUCUCAGGCUGACCCGGCCGCCAACCUCACGUUCAACCUCCGACUAUCAGAGCACGAGCGCCAGGCGAAGGACAACCUGGCCCUGCCUUUCGCCUUCAGCCAGGAGAAGAAGUCGGCGUUGCUGCGGCCCCGUGCCGGCGGCGGGCAGAUUCUGUAUGAGCCUGACGCUGCCGAUGAUUUCGACCAGGAGGACCCGGAUGACGACUUGGAUGUCUGACUUGGAGGAGCCACCUGACUCGAGUAGCUCCUGGGAAGGGAGUCUGUCUGAGGAGUUGUGUCCUUUACUGCUCCUGUCCUGCUCCUCUCCUGAGAAGUCUGCGGUGACAUGCCAAGAACGGUCAAGAAAAUAUUGAACUUGAUCUGAUGAACUGUGGGACGACCCUGUUACUGCAGGGCGAAAGGUGCUGUUUCACCAUAUCUGGGCCAAAACGUUGUAGACAUGUCAUAUCCUGAAUCUGCUUAAUUAUAAUCACGCCGGAUUUUUUCCGGAAUGGCCAUUUCUGCUCGCAAGUGGAAAAAGAGAGGAUUCUGCACUGGUCAUGCUGACAGCGCGUCUUUGGAGAACAAUAGUCAACAAGAAGCCCACCUUCCUGCGAAGAGAAACACAAAAUCUCACCUCCGCAUCUCUUUAUUGAUCUUGAUCUUUAUUAGAUUCUUGAGUUUUCUAUCAUUUUAAAGGGAGCUGCUCGCUUUCUUUGUUUCACAGAACACUGGUCUAACUAAUCCGGAGGUCAGUGAGAGUGUUCAGGCAAUGCGCCUGCGGUCUUUACCGUUCACAUGAUUGUUCCUGGUUGGGGUUUGAGCUGCCUAAUGCUGCCAGCUUCUGCUGGGUACAGCAGAGGAGCCCCGACCCCCCCCCCACCCCAGCCAACCACCAGCAGGCUGUAAAACAUCCACAACACUGUGCAUCUGCCACACCUGUAGUAGGUAAAACUCUUUAUAUCAACGCCUGCUGCACCCUUUUCCCAGCCCAGCUCCAGAGGGAGAUGGACCUGGCAGUUCAAGUCGCCAAGGACUCGGUAUUGACAUGCGCUGCUUGUGAAAUGUUCUUUACCUGCAUGUUUCCACCCAUUGAAGAUUUGUGCCCAGUGGUCUCUGGUCACAAACGUUUGUCCCAUUUAAUCAAGCAGUGCCCCUGUUCCUCUAAUUGCUCUGCUCCUGGUAACAAGAUUUUUAUCAUUUCCAUGUUUGCAGUGAGACCACAAGUAAAGUUUUUGUCGUUUUGUUACAAGCUGUGUCAAUUAAGGAAUGAAAGAUGCUGACAACCCUAUCCUUAUCAGUUUUAGUGCUGAUUUAAGUGUGGUUGUAAGAUCCCCACGUGUUCUGGGCUGGAUGGCGGUUGAAAAUGCACAGAAUUCACAGCAGCAGUACCUUCCUGCCAUUGGAAUAGAGACCAGACCUUAUGACCUAAGUGGAGUCUGCUAGUUCUGCAGGCUGUCAUGCAAUUUUAUAAACACAUGACCAUUUCCAGAGGUGUGUGUGAUCUAGAUGUUGCCUAAAGGGAACUGGAUAAAAAUAAAUAAUUGUUUGUUAAGUGUUGUGUUUUGUAAUAUCCUCUGUUGAAUUAUGGUGCAGUAAGUGUUUUUUCUUAUGUAUCUGGUAUGGCGUGUCUCCGGAUGAUAUGGUGGCCCUGGGUGCAACAGGUGGUGCUGCAUUCUGUGGGUGGUAGUGUGCACGUUUUGCCACCAGGUGGGGUAAUUACAAUAAGAUUAAAAGCAGCAGCAAAGAGUGCUGGGUCAUUGUGGACACCAGUCCUCUUCUGGGACCACUUCCUGCCUGCCUGUUGCCCAUUAAGUGUUUGUAUCCCUAAAUACACUGGACACCUGUGUGUCCCUACAGGCUGUUUCUCUCCACACUGGACGACUGUGUGUCCCUACAGCCUGUUUCUCUCCACACUGGACACCUGUGUCCCUAAAGCCUGUUUCUCUCCACACUGGACACCUGUGUGUCCCUACAACCUGUUUAUCUACAUGCUGUGGCCUGCAGCUGUUGUUACCUGUGUUGUGCUCCAUUGAAGAAUAACAGUACACAACGUUGAGUCUCAUCCCAAGUGUAUUGGGGUCACUGUCAUAGAAGACUGGUGUACAGUUGCUCCGUUCAAAUAUGGAAAGUGGGCAAAAUGUUGAUGGCCAUUGUACAGUCACUGAAAAAGGAAUGUGGCAAGGAAGAAAUAAAGAACCAACUGGAUGACCCCAUCUAAUUUA